CACGCUGAAUCCCAAGAAACCGUUGUUAACAUUGCAGACAAUCGGGAAUAAGAUAGAACGUGUCGUCAUUUGCAAGGGUAAUAGAGUCUAGUGACAGGGCGAAAUGUGUGAUGCUUGUAUAAACUCUUAACUCUGCUGUGAAAAUGGGAGAGGCACCUGAAGCAUCCUUCCAUCCAUGAAUUACUGUGACAUUUGGACAGCACUCUCUGAAAGAUGGCAAAUGGUUAUGAUGCAUCUCUGUUUAUUUCAUCAGUACCCAAGCAGGUAGAUGUCAUAUUUGGAGCACUAUAUUUAUUAAUUGGUUUAUUAUCAAUCUUUGGAAACACUUUUCUGUUAUUUGUGGCGUACCGCAGAAGAUCCUUACUGAAACCAGCUGAAUUCUUCAUUGUGAAUCUUGCAGUCAGUGACCUUGGCAUGACUUUGACUUUGUUUCCACUGGUUAUUCCAUCAUUAUUUGCACACAGGUGGCUGUUCAGUUACAUGACAUGUUUAUGGUAUGCAUUCUGUAGCGUAUUGUUUGGGCUCUGCAGCCUUGCCAGCCUGACCAUGUUAAGUUCUGUCUGCUGUAUGAAAGUUUGCUUUCCUGCAUAUGGUAAUAAAUUUUCCACUGCCCAUGCUCGAGCCCUUCUGCUUGGUGUUUGGAUCUAUGCUUCCAUUUUCGCCAUUGCUCCUUUGGCAGACUGGGGGCAUUAUGGACCUGAACCUUAUGGAACAGCAUGUUGCAUAAACUGGCAUGCAGUAAAUAAAGAGUCUGUGGCAAUGUCUUACAUAAUUGCACUUUUUGUGUUUUGUUAUAUGUUGCCUUGUGGCAUCAUUAUUGCUUCUUACUGCCUCAUCUUUCAAACCAUGAAAGUAUCGAGGAACGCAGUCCAGCAACAUAUGUCGCCACAGAUCACAGCCACUGAUGUACAUCAUUCAAUUGUAAAGCUGAGUGUUGCCGUGUGUGUGGGAUUUUUAGCUGCAUGGACUCCUUAUGCUGUAGUUGCACUGUGGACAGCUUUGAGAGAUGCCACACAGGUCCCAGCUAUAGCAUUCGCAUUGUGCGCAGUGUUUGCUAAAUCAUCAACUUUAUAUAAUCCAAUAGUCUACCUGGUUUUCAAGCCAAACUUCAGAACAUUUGUGAUAAAGGACAUUGUGAUGUUCCAGAAAGUUUGCACAAGAGUGUGUUGUUUUGGUAGAGCUGAAAUCACAUUAAAGGCCAUCACAGCUAAAGGCAUCAGCAACACCUCAAAGAUAUCUAAUGGCUACACAGACAGCCAGGGAGUAUGCAGAAAUUGUACAGAUGCUUUUGAAUGUUUCAGCAACUACCCUAAGUGUGAGAGGCUGGCUUACAACUGUGAAUGUACUCCAAAGGUAAAACCCUUAAUGUUAAAUGAAAGGCGCUACAGUCAGACAGAUAUUAAAAGGACUGUUUUGAUCGUCCUUGCAAAAAAGGAAAAUCCAAGAGUGGAAACAACAGAGGUCACAAUAGAAGCAGUGCCUUUUGCUGAUGAAAGAGACUUACCAUAAAUAGAAUGUAAUGACAACAUAUUUCAUGGCACAGGUAAAAGUGUGCCUAAGCCAAAAAAAUGUUAACUGAGGUGCAUUAACACAGAACAGUUUCUGAUACCAGAUACCUUCACAGAUAAACAAUGUCUAUUCAUAGCAUGUAUGGGCUUGACUUCUUGUGACAUUUACUGUUUUGAAAUGUAUUUGAUUAAAAUUAUUAACUUAACACAAAUAAGGAA